UGUUCUCCCCUAAGCCCCGGCUGUUCGUGCUGUGCGCGUGACUGUGCCACGGAGCUCGCCCCGGCACACGUCUUAUUAUAUAAAAAAAUCUAAAAAAACAAAAAAAUUUUAAAAACUAUAAAAACGAGAAAAAAGUAUUCUUUUGUAACAAAAAAAAAAAUAAUAAAAAAAACUGGUGAAGCAGAAAUAAGUGGACCGGAACCUAAGAGGAAGCAGAAGACCGAGGAAAAAGAAGCCUUAUCGACGUGUAAAGCCGGCUAGCUAGCUAGCUAACGUUACCGCUGAGGGAAAGGCCUAUUUUUCUCCAUUUUAUAAGUUGUUUCAGUUAUUUUAAUUCGUUUACCGUACUCCGCGUUUGGCCGUUUCGCUUGGUUUACGCGUUAAUUCGGGUUUAAAAAGGAUAAAUUAACGUUUUAUUCGACGAAAACGUCAUUUUACCUCCUCCUCGGUGUCCGACUACUUCUUCGUCGACCAUCUAACUCAAAAUUCCUUUUUGCUCCUCGAUUCUUCUCAUCUUUUAAUAAACGUUUUGGCGAAAAAGCCCUUAAAGUUAAGCUAUUUUAUUUUUAAAAGUAUUUGGCUGACUAGCUCGCGCACGCAAAGAUGAACCCGAGCGCGCCCAGCUACCCCAUGGCCUCUCUCUACGUGGGGGACCUGCACCAGGACGUCACCGAGGCCAUGCUCUAUGAGAAGUUCAGCCCAGCCGGGCCCAUCCUCUCCAUCCGGGUGUGCCGGGACAUGAUCACCCGUCGUUCGCUUGGCUACGCCUACGUGAACUUCCAACAGCCCGCCGACGCCGAGCGUGCUUUGGACACCAUGAACUUUGAUGUGAUCAAGGGCAGACCGGUCCGCAUCAUGUGGUCUCAGCGUGACCCAUCUCUGAGGAAGAGUGGAGUGGGCAACAUCUUCAUCAAGAACCUGGACAAGUCCAUUGACAACAAGGCCCUUUAUGACACAUUUUCUGCUUUUGGCAACAUAUUAUCCUGCAAGGUGGUUUGUGAUGAGAACGGUUCAAAGGGCUACGGCUUUGUGCACUUUGAAACUCAGGAGGCAGCUGAAAGAGCCAUUGAGAAAAUGAAUGGCAUGUUGCUCAAUGACAGAAAAGUGUUUGUUGGACGCUUCAAAUCUCGUAAAGAACGUGAGGCUGAGCUUGGAGCUAGGGCCAAGGAAUUCACCAAUGUUUACAUCAAAAACUUUGGUGAAGACAUGGAUGAUGAGAAGCUGAAGGAAAUUUUUGGGAAAUUCGGUCCUGCCUUGAGUGUCAGAGUCAUGACUGACAGCAAUGGAAAGUCCAAAGGCUUUGGGUUCGUCAGCUACGAGAGGCAUGAGGAUGCACAGAAGGCUGUGGAUGAGAUGAAUGGUAAAGAGCUGAAUGGUAAGCAGGUAUAUGUGGGUCGUGCCCAGAAGAAAUCUGAACGCCAGACAGAGCUGAAGCGCAAGUUUGAGCAAAUGAAGCAGGAUAGGAUGACACGCUUCCAGGGUGUCAAUCUGUACGUCAAAAAUCUGGACGAUGGACUUGAUGAUGAGCGUCUGCGCAAGGAGUUUUCCCCCUUUGGGACCAUCACCAGUGCUAAGGUCAUGAUGGAAGGAGGCCGCAGCAAGGGCUUUGGUUUUGUGUGCUUUUCAUCACCUGAGGAGGCCACCAAGGCAGUAACUGAAAUGAAUGGCCGCAUUGUAGCCACCAAGCCUCUCUAUGUGGCCCUGGCCCAGCGCAAGGAGGAACGCCAGGCCCACCUCACCAACCAGUACAUGCAACGACUGGCUAGCGUGAGAGCUGUGCCCAACCAGGUUCUCAACCCUUACCAGCCCACAGCUCCUUCUGGAUACUUCAUGGCCGCCAUUCCACAGGCCCAGAACCGUGCUGCAUACUACCCAACUGGCCAGCUUACUCAGCUGAGGCCAAGCCCUCGCUGGGCCACCCAGAAUGUGAGACCACAGCAUUUCCAGAACAUGACCAACGCCAUGCGUUCCUCAGCCCCAAGGCCUCAGACUUUCAGCACCGUGAGGCCCGCAUCCUCCCAGGUUCCCCGCAUGAUGACCUCCCAGCGUGUCGGUGCCCAGGCUGUGGGACCCCGUCCAUCCAGCGCUGCGACGGCUGCGACAGCCCCGGUGCGUGGCGUGCCCCAGUACAAGUAUGCUACAGGUGUGCGCAACACUCAGCAGCACCUGGCUGCCCAGCCACAGGUGGCCAUGCAGCAGCCUGCUGUUCACGUGCAGGGCCAAGAGCCCCUGACUGCCUCCAUGUUGGCUGCUGCUCCUCCUCAGGAGCAGAAGCAGAUGCUGGGUGAACGUCUGUUUCCACUGAUCCAGAGCAUGCACCCCACCCUCGCUGGUAAAAUCACUGGCAUGCUGCUGGAAAUCGAUAACUCGGAGCUUUUGCACAUGUUGGAGUCCCCCGAGUCCCUGCGCUCCAAGGUUGAUGAAGCAGUCGCUGUGCUGCAGGCGCACCAAGCCAAGGAGGCUGCGCAGAAAUCUGUGACCAGUUCAGCUAGUGUGCCGAGUGUGUAGUCAGAGGUUUGGACACCUAUAGCCUGCUUCACCAGGAAAAUAAUUAAAACAUCGAAAAAAAGAAAACACACAAAACAUUGCAAAAAGAAGAAAAUGAUCUCAAAAAAAGGAAACGUUUAAUUCUGCCAGGUCUAGAGAAAGAUUAUGCUAGGCCUAGUUAAUAAAAAUUUCAAAAAAAAAAAAAGAAAAAUUGAAAAAUUAAAAAAGGGUAUUGAACUUGCUAAAUUGGGAAAUGAAAGCAUUCAUUUUAUUCCUUUUAUUGUGGGAAUGCUUGGAAUAUUGACACUUGGUGGUGGUGGUAAUGGUUGAGUGAUGUGAAGAAAUCUGGAUUGAAAACUGCUUGCUUAAAUAAAAAAUUUAAACACUG